CGCUCGCGCUCGCCCUCGGCUCCGGUUCCGCGCCCGGAGCCAGCGGCGGCGGCGGCGGCGGCGGAGGCGCAGCGGGAGCCGAGCCGGCUGCACUCAGGGGCUGGCGCUCUGCAAUGAGACAGUAGCUGCAUCCCCGCGUGUGCUGCUGCAGGGUAACAUCUGGACUGGAAUCGAGGCUCCUCUGGUGCUUGGAUGUCCCUAAAUUCCUGGAUCAUCUUGUUGAAGACCAUAUUGCUGCUAGAAGCUUCUCACACUCAGGAUCUUCUCAGCGAAACCGAUACUGCAUAAACUGAGAAUUUAGACACUCUGAGCGAAACCCAUCAAGUCAUCUAUGAAAAUGGUGGCGCUCUCCUUAAAGAUCUGUGUCCGUCACUGCAAUGUGGUGAAGACCAUGCAGUUUGAGCCGUCUACGGCCGUCUACGAUGCCUGUCGAGUCAUUCGGGAGCGCGUGCCCGAGGCACAGACUGGACAAGCCUCUGACUACGGGCUCUUUCUCUCUGAUGAAGACCCCAGGAAAGGAAUUUGGCUAGAAGCAGGACGGACACUGGAUUACUACAUGCUGCGGAAUGGGGAUAUCUUGGAGUACAAGAAGAAACAGAGGCCUCAGAAAAUCCGCAUGCUGGAUGGCGCUGUGAAGACGGUGAUGGUGGACGACUCUAAGACAGUUGGAGAGCUCCUGGUCACCAUCUGCAGCCGGAUAGGAAUAACAAAUUAUGAAGAAUACUCUUUAAUCCAAGAAACCAUUGAAGAAAAGAAAGAGGAAGGGACAGGCACACUCAAAAAAGACAGGACGUUGUUACGAGAUGAGCGGAAAAUGGAGAAGCUGAAGGCCAAACUCCACACGGAUGAUGACUUAAAUUGGCUAGAUCACAGCCGGACGUUCAGAGAGCAAGGCGUGGAUGAAAAUGAAACAUUGCUUCUUCGGCGGAAGUUCUUUUACUCUGAUCAGAAUGUGGAUUCCAGAGACCCGGUGCAGUUGAACUUGCUUUAUGUUCAGGCUCGGGAUGACAUCCUGAAUGGCUCUCACCCUGUCUCCUUCGAGAAGGCGUGUGAGUUUGGUGGAUUUCAAGCCCAGAUACAGUUUGGACCUCACGUGGAGCAUAAACACAAGCCUGGAUUCUUAGAUCUAAAGGAAUUCCUUCCGAAAGAAUACAUCAAGCAGAGAGGAGCCGAGAAGCGGAUAUUUCAGGAGCAUAAAAACUGCGGGGAGAUGAGUGAAAUAGAAGCCAAGGUCAAAUAUGUCAAACACGCCCGGUCCCUCCGGACUUAUGGAGUGUCCUUUUUCCUGGUGAAGGAGAAAAUGAAGGGCAAGAACAAGCUGGUUCCCCGCCUCUUGGGCAUCACCAAGGAUUCUGUCAUGCGGGUGGAUGAGAAGACCAAGGAGGUGCUGCAGGAGUGGCCCCUCACCACAGUCAAGCGCUGGGCAGCUUCACCCAAGAGCUUCACACUGGAUUUUGGGGAGUACCAGGAAAGCUACUACUCAGUACAAACCACAGAGGGGGAGCAGAUUUCCCAGCUGAUUGCAGGAUACAUCGACAUCAUCCUCAAAAAGAAACAAAGCAAAGAUAGAUUUGGGCUGGAAGGGGAUGAGGAAUCAACCAUGUUAGAAGAGUCAGUUUCCCCAAAAAAGUCUACCAUCUUGCAGCAGCAGUUCAACCGGACUGGGAAAGCGGAACACGGCUCAGUGGCGUUGCCAGCUGUCAUGCGCUCUGGCUCCAGCGGGCCUGAGACUUUCAAUGUUGGUAGCAUGCCCUCGCCACAGCAGCAAGUCAUGGUUGGACAGAUGCACCGAGGACACAUGCCUCCGCUGACGUCGGCACAGCAAGCCCUUAUGGGGACCAUCAACACAAGCAUGCACGCUGUCCAGCAGGCUCAGGAUGACCUCAGCGAGCUCGACUCACUGCCACCUCUCGGACAAGAUAUGGCAUCUAGGGUAUGGGUUCAGAACAAAGUGGAUGAAUCCAAACAUGAAAUCCACUCUCAAGUCGAUGCUAUCACAGCUGGGACAGCUUCAGUUGUCAACCUCACGGCUGGUGACCCCGCUGACACUGACUACACAGCCGUGGGCUGUGCAAUCACGACAAUCUCGUCCAACCUGACCGAAAUGUCCAAGGGCGUAAAGCUGCUGGCGGCCCUCAUGGACGAUGACGUGGGCAGUGGAGAAGACCUUCUCAGAGCGGCCAGGACCCUCGCCGGGGCCGUGUCUGAUUUGCUGAAGGCCGUGCAGCCUACUUCUGGAGAGCCUCGACAGACUGUUUUGACUGCUGCUGGGAGCAUCGGCCAAGCCAGUGGUGAUCUCCUGAGACAGAUCGGAGAGAACGAGACAGAUGAGCGAUUCCAAGAUGUUUUAAUGAGUCUGGCUAAAGCUGUUGCCAAUGCCGCUGCCAUGUUGGUACUCAAGGCGAAGAAUGUGGCCCAGGUGGCCGAAGACACUGUCCUACAGAACAGAGUGAUUGCUGCAGCCACCCAGUGUGCUCUCUCCACCUCCCAGCUUGUGGCAUGUGCCAAGGUCGUGAGCCCCACCAUCAGCUCUCCUGUGUGCCAGGAGCAGCUGAUCGAGGCUGGGAAGCUGGUGGACCGCUCUGUGGAAAACUGUGUCCGUGCCUGCCAGGCGGCCACUGGCGACAGUGAACUUCUGAAGCAGGUCAGCGCGGCAGCCAGCGUGGUCAGCCAGGCCCUGCACGACCUCCUGCAGCACGUGCGGCAAUUCGCCAGCCGUGGCGAGCCCAUUGGCCGCUAUGACCAGGCCACCGACACUAUCAUGUGUGUCACCGAGAGCAUCUUCAGUUCCAUGGGUGAUGCUGGUGAGAUGGUACGCCAAGCUCGGGUACUGGCCCAGGCCACGUCUGAUCUUGUUAAUGCCAUGAGGUCAGAUGCGGAGGCUGAGAUUGACAUGGAGAAUUCUAAGAAGCUCCUCGCAGCUGCGAAGCUCCUGGCUGACUCCACUGCCCGCAUGGUGGAAGCCGCAAAGGGGGCUGCAGCCAACCCAGAGAAUGAAGACCAGCAGCAAAGGCUGAGAGAAGCUGCCGAAGGCCUCCGAGUAGCAACCAAUGCCGCUGCACAGAAUGCUAUUAAGAAGAAGAUCGUCAAUCGGCUGGAGGUUGCAGCCAAACAGGCUGCAGCUGCUGCCACACAGACCAUUGCAGCCUCCCAGAAUGCAGCUGUGUCCAACAAGAACCCCUCAGCCCAGCAGCAACUGGUCCAGAGCUGCAAGGCAGUGGCCGAUCACAUCCCUCAGCUCGUCCAGGGGGUGAGAGGGAGCCAAGCUCAAGCAGAAGACCUCAGCGCCCAGCUGGCCCUCAUCAUCUCCAGCCAGAAUUUCCUGCAGCCUGGAAGCAAAAUGGUGUCCUCUGCCAAGGCAGCUGUCCCCACUGUGAGUGACCAGGCUGCAGCCAUGCAGCUGAGUCAGUGUGCAAAGAACCUGGCGACCAGCCUGGCCGAGCUGCGUACCGCCUCGCAGAAGGCCCAUGAAGCCUGUGGUCCCAUGGAAAUCGAUUCCGCACUCAACACAGUGCAGACUCUCAAGAGUGAGCUGCAGGAUGCCAAGAUGGCCGCUGCAGAAAGUCAACUGAAACCACUUCCGGGAGAAACGCUAGAAAAGUGUGCUCAGGACCUGGGAAGCACCUCUAAGGGAGUGGGCUCCUCCAUGGCACAGCUCCUCACCUGCGCUGCUCAAGGCAACGAACACUACACAGGAGUGGCAGCUAGAGAAACCGCCCAAGCUCUGAAAACAUUGGCCCAGGCUGCCCGAGGAGUGGCUGCAUCCACAAAUGACCCCGAGGCUGCUCACGCCAUGUUAGAUUCUGCUCGGGAUGUGAUGGAAGGCUCUGCCAUGCUCAUCCAAGAAGCCAAGCAGGCCUUAAUUGCACCAGGCGAUACAGAAAGUCAGCAGAGGCUAGCCCAGGUGGCGAAAGCCGUGUCUCACUCCUUGAAUAACUGCGUGAAUUGCCUCCCUGGCCAGAAGGAUGUGGAUGUGGCCUUGAAGAGCAUCGGGGAGUCCAGCAAAAAGCUGCUUGUAGAUUCGCUACCUCCAAGCACAAAGCCUUUCCAGGAAGCCCAGAGCGAGCUGAACCAGGCUGCUGCUGAUCUGAACCAGUCUGCAGGGGAAGUCGUCCACGCCACUCGGGGCCAGAGUGGAGAGCUGGCGGCUGCUUCCGGAAAGUUCAGUGAUGACUUUGAUGAAUUCCUGGAUGCUGGCAUUGAGAUGGCUGGCCAGGCGCAGACGAAAGAAGAUCAGAUGCAAGUGAUAGGGAACCUCAAGAACAUCUCUAUGGCAUCCAGCAAGCUGCUGUUAGCCGCCAAGUCUCUCUCGGUAGAUCCUGGAGCUCCCAAUGCAAAAAACCUCCUGGCUGCGGCUGCAAGAGCUGUGACAGAGAGCAUCAAUCAGCUCAUCAUGUUGUGUACCCAGCAGGCCCCUGGGCAGAAGGAGUGUGACAAUGCCCUGCGGGAGCUUGAGACUGUCAAGGGGAUGCUGGAAAAUCCCAAUGAACCUGUGAGUGACCUCUCUUACUUCGACUGCAUUGAGAGCGUGAUGGAAAACUCCAAGGUUCUGGGCGAGUCAAUGGCAGGAAUUUCACAGAAUGCCAAGACUGGGGACCUCCCUGCCUUUGGGGAAUGUGUGGGGAUUGCAUCCAAGGCUCUCUGUGGAUUGACAGAGGCAGCGGCCCAGGCUGCCUACCUGGUUGGCAUCUCUGAUCCAAACAGCCAGGCAGGCCACCAAGGCCUGGUGGACCCCAUCCAGUUUGCCAGGGCUAACCAAGCAAUCCAGAUGGCAUGCCAGAACCUGGUGGACCCUGGCAGCAGCCCAUCGCAGGUUCUGUCGGCUGCCACGAUUGUUGCCAAGCACACCUCAGCCUUAUGCAACGCCUGUCGCAUCGCCUCAUCCAAGACGGCCAACCCUGUGGCCAAGCGGCACUUUGUCCAGUCCGCCAAGGAGGUCGCCAACAGCACCGCCAACCUAGUCAAGACCAUCAAGGCCCUGGAUGGGGAUUUCUCUGAAGACAACCGCAAUAAGUGCCGUAUUGCUACCACCCCCUUGAUUGAAGCUGUGGAGAACCUGACAGCAUUUGCAUCAAACCCUGAGUUUGUCAGCGUUCCCGCCCAGAUCAGCUCCGAGGGCUCCCAGGCACAGGAACCAAUCUUGGUCUCGGCCAAGACCAUGCUGGAGAGCUCAUCGUACCUCAUCCGCACCGCACGCUCUCUGGCCAUCAAUCCCAAAGAUCCACCCACCUGGUCUGUGCUGGCUGGACAUUCGCACACGGUGUCGGACUCCAUUAAGAGCCUCAUCACCUCCAUCAGGGACAAAGCCCCUGGGCAGAGGGAAUGCGACUACUCCAUCGAUGGCAUCAACCGGUGCAUCAGGGACAUUGAGCAGGCCUCGCUGGCGGCAGUCAGCCAGAGCCUGGCCACAAGGGACGACAUCUCUGUGGAGGCCCUGCAGGAGCAGCUGACCUCAGUGGUCCAGGAAAUCGGGCAUCUUAUUGAUCCCAUUGCCACAGCAGCUCGAGGAGAAGCUGCCCAGCUGGGACAUAAGGUGACACAGCUGGCAAGCUACUUCGAGCCCUUGAUCUUAGCUGCAGUUGGUGUUGCCUCCAAGAUGCUGGACCAUCAACAGCAGAUGACAGUGCUGGACCAGACCAAGACACUCGCAGAGUCUGCCCUGCAGAUGCUGUACGCAGCCAAAGAAGGUGGAGGAAACCCCAAGGCACAGCACACCCACGAUGCCAUCACGGAGGCUGCACAACUGAUGAAGGAAGCUGUGGAUGACAUCAUGGUGACACUGAAUGAAGCUGCCAGCGAGGUGGGGCUGGUGGGAGGCAUGGUGGAUGCCAUUGCAGAGGCCAUGAGCAAGCUGGAUGAAGGCACACCUCCAGAACCAAAGGGAACAUUCGUUGACUACCAAACGACCGUGGUUAAAUACUCCAAAGCGAUUGCUGUCACCGCUCAGGAAAUGAUGACUAAGUCGGUUACUAACCCGGAGGAGCUGGGAGGCCUGGCUUCACAAAUGACCAGUGACUAUGGGCACCUGGCUCUCCAGGGCCAGAUGGCAGCAGCCACCGCCGAACCAGAGGAGAUCGGAUUUCAGAUUCGCACACGUGUGCAGGACCUGGGUCAUGGCUGUAUCUUCCUGGUGCAGAAGGCAGGGGCCCUCCAGGUGUGCCCCACAGACAGCUAUACCAAGAGAGAGCUGAUCGAGUGUGCCCGUUCCGUCACUGAGAAGGUAUCCUUGGUGCUCUCCGCUCUCCAGGCUGGGAACAAGGGGACCCAAGCAUGCAUCACGGCUGCUACUGCUGUUUCUGGGAUCAUCGCCGACCUGGAUACCACCAUCAUGUUUGCAACAGCAGGGACACUGAAUGCAGAGAAUGGCGAGACCUUUGCAGAUCACAGGGAGAACAUUCUGAAGACAGCAAAGGCCUUGGUGGAAGACACUAAGCUGCUCGUGUCAGGGGCCGCAUCAACUCCAGACAAGCUGGCCCAGGCCGCUCAGUCCUCUGCAGCUACCAUCACCCAGCUUGCCGAGGUGGUCAAACUGGGGGCUGCCAGCCUGGGCUCCAAUGACCCUGAGACCCAGGUGGUGCUGAUAAAUGCCAUCAAAGACGUGGCCAAGGCUCUUUCUGAUCUCAUUGGUGCUACCAAGGGAGCUGCUAGCAAGCCAGCUGAUGACCCCUCCAUGUACCAGCUCAAAGGAGCUGCCAAGGUGAUGGUGACCAAUGUCACCUCUCUCCUUAAGACUGUGAAGGCGGUGGAAGAUGAAGCCACCCGGGGCACAAGGGCACUUGAGGCCACCAUCGAGUACAUAAAGCAAGAACUCACAGUGUUCCAGUCAAAAGACAUACCUGAGAAGACAUCAUCACCCGAAGAAUCAAUCAGAAUGACGAAAGGCAUCACUAUGGCAACAGCCAAAGCCGUGGCAGCUGGGAAUUCAUGUAGACAGGAAGACGUGAUCGCAACCGCCAAUCUGAGCAGGAAGGCUGUCUCAGAUAUGUUGACAGCUUGCAAGCAAGCAUCCUUCUACCCUGAUGUCAGCGAAGAGGUACGAACCAGAGCCUUGCGGUACGGCACUGAAUGCACUCUGGGCUACUUGGACCUUCUGGAACACGUCUUGGUGAUCCUUCAGAAGCCAACCCCAGAACUCAAACAUCAGUUGGCUGCUUUCUCCAAGAGGGUGGCCGGUGCCGUGACGGAGCUCAUCCAGGCCGCGGAAGCCAUGAAAGGAACAGAGUGGGUGGAUCCAGAAGACCCAACCGUCAUUGCAGAAACAGAGCUGCUGGGAGCUGCAGCAUCCAUUGAAGCCGCGGCCAAGAAGUUAGAGCAGCUGAAGCCGAGAGCAAAACCAAAGCAAGCAGACGAGACCCUGGAUUUUGAAGAACAGAUCUUAGAAGCCGCUAAGUCCAUUGCUGCUGCCACAAGUGCCCUGGUCAAAUCAGCCUCAGCAGCCCAGAGGGAGCUGGUGGCCCAAGGCAAGGUGGGCUCCAUCCCUGCCAACGCUGCUGAUGAUGGACAGUGGUCACAGGGGCUGAUCUCUGCCGCCCGGAUGGUGGCAGCAGCAACCAGCAGUCUCUGUGAGGCGGCCAAUGCCUCUGUUCAGGGACAUGCCAGCGAGGAAAAGCUCAUCUCAUCUGCCAAGCAGGUUGCGGCUUCGACCGCUCAGCUGCUGGUGGCCUGCAAGGUGAAGGCCGACCAGGAUUCAGAGGCCAUGAAGCGGCUACAGGUAAUGGUCACUGAUGCUGGUGGGAAAAUACUCCUGUUGGAGCGGGCAGCGGGAAACGCUGUGAAAAGAGCCUCAGACAAUCUUGUCCGUGCAGCCCAGAAGGCAGCUUUCGGCAAAGCUGACGAUGAUGAUGUUGUCGUGAAAACAAAGUUUGUGGGAGGCAUUGCUCAGAUCAUCGCAGCCCAGGAAGAAAUGCUAAAGAAAGAGCGAGAGCUGGAGGAAGCCCGGAAGAAGCUGGCCCAGAUCCGCCAGCAGCAGUAUAAAUUCCUACCCACCGAGCUGAGGGAGGAUGAGGGCUAGUGCCUGCCCACGAUGGCGAGCCCCAGGAGGUGGUGCCACCCCCGCCCCCCAACAAGAACUGGACAGAGCAGCGCUCCCAAGAGCCGGGCACUUCCUGGAAAUGCCUGGCCCUCUACCUGGAGUCUCUUUCUCACUCCUCGGUCCUGUUACCACCGACUGCAUGAUCAUGACCUCACGGUACAGUGUCCCACCACAGCCCCUCCAGCUCCCCUCGUGCCUCGCUUUAUCUCAGGAGAGAGGGGCACGCAUUUCAUGGACUGUUACCAAAAAGAGAGAAGUCAGUAUUAUGUUGUUCUCAGACACCUUAGUCUUUGUCCUCCAAGGCUGCUCCAGGGCCUCUGUGACAUCGCCACACUAGGAAAAGAACAACAGUGAUGGCCCACAGGACUCGUCAGUAUCGCGGACACAGAUAUUCUCUCACUAGAGAGAAGACAGAAGCUGGAGUCGGACACUGUUAGGAAAGCCAGAAACGCUCCCAGGUGGACUCUGGGUCUGGCGUCACAGAGGUCCUUGUAAGUUUGGAGCACUGAUUUGCCCACGGGGGUGAAGAACCCCUGCCCCGUUUGCACGCUUUUCUUGCCUCAGUGUGUAAGCUACUUGUACAAUCUACACCCAUCUUGUAUUCAUGUGACCCCAGAAAAAAUGGAAGUUAUUUUAUUUUUUUUCUCUCUCCGUAACCCAAAGGGCAGAGUUGUGGAAAGUGGUCAGGGUUUAGGUGGGCAGGGGCCCAAAUAAAAUCCUGGGCUCCUUACUCUGCAAGACUGUUUUGGUUCAUGCAAAUGAACACACACAAACUGUGUCCCUGAUGGGUCUCAGCGCAGCGCCCCCUGGAGGAAAAAUCAAGAGGGAUUUAGUUGGGAAUGAGGAGCCUCCCACCUUCAAGUCCCAUUAUCAGCUCCUGUGCUCUUAGGAGGGUCCAAGUUCAAGGUGGAAGGCUGUCUGUUUAGAACUUUCUCUGCUCUUCCAUCCCAAAGAGGGUAUUCCCCGCCCCCCUUCAUCUUACUACAGCAUAGAUCCCUGAGUUUACAUUUGAUCUGAGCCCCUGCCUAAGAUGAGGGGUGAAGGAUAAAUGGCCGAUGGCCAAGGGUCUAAUACCAAGCAAGCCCCGGCAGAUUUCCAUGAAUUCAUGAAGGGAAAACCAGAGUUAGUAGGGCCAUGCUGGGACUGUAGCUUGGCUGGUAGUGUUGGCCUGGCUAGCUGGCACAAAGCGGGUUCCAUUGCUGGCAUCACCUAAACUCGGUGUGAUGGCACAUGUCUACAACCCCAGCACUGGGGAGAUGAAGGCAGGAGAAUCAGAAGUUCAAGAUUAUCCUUAGCUACACAGUAAGUUAGAGACCACCUUGGCCACGUGAGACCCUGUCUCCCAAAGGGGCAAAAAAGGUAAUAGCGGCAUAUUGUUUUCAAGACUGAUGGCUGCUGAAGGCAGGCGCUCCCGUCCCUUAAUGAUCUGAUGCCAGUACCAUGGUGUGUGUUACACUCAGCACCUAGAUCCAGAUUUCUACCAAAGAAGAAAUAUUGGUAGUCUGGUGGGGAAAAAAAACAGUUGUCCUUCAACCUGGCCAGGAGAGUCUUCUCCAGCGGUUUACCCCUGUGCCACAGUUUUAAAAUAUAAUUAAAUUCAGAAGCUUCCCAGAUUAUAGGGACUUAUGAGUGCCCCCCAUGGGAAUUCUUUUCAGACAGGUAGAAGGAUAUACAGAGUGGGGUGUGGGUGGAGAGCUGAUGGUGAGCGCAUAUGGAGGGAAAGAGGGUGUGCAGGCUUCAGAUCCAGUAGAGGAGGAUGCUGGGGAGCCCUGGGUGCUCAUGGGAAAGCAGAUGGUCUUGCUCACCGUCUUUCAGUGGAACUCUUCAUGUCUCUGCUGGGGGCUUUCCAAAGCUAUUAAGUCAGACCCAAAAGUUCACGAUCAGGAUGUGAUAAUGACCUCAUGCAGCAGGACAGGAGGCCCUCCUGCAGCCAGCUCACCCUCCUUCCUGUAGGGUAUGCUUCUAGGCAGAGUUCUCUGUCCUUGCCCGGGGGUUGUUAAAAACCUUCACAGAAGUGAAUACUGGAGGAAAAUCUAUAACAAAUGAAAAGCAGAGGGCUGCCCUUUCUGGCUGUGAGGAGUGUUUCAGGAGAACAGGAGUCUGCCCUCCUGUCUGGACCGGUGUGCCUCUAGGAACUUGGCGGGGAGGUGGUUCCUAGGCAUCACCUGCCGUGGUCCUGUCUCACCUGUCCCUUGCUUGCCCAUGCGGCGUCCAUGUUUGUGAAAGUCCUUGUGGCUGGCUGGGUCUCUCCUCAUUUCAUAAAAUGGACGAAAUACUGGACUAUGGCCAUUACUUGAUAAAUGCUGCUGGUGGUGUCCUCAGGCACCGAGGGGACUUCUGGCUCCUAAGGCAGAAAGAAUACAGAUGCAGUGAGUUGCAUUUUGGAGUAGUUUCAAAGAAAAGUGGCCCAAGGCCCGGAGCGUAAACCAUAUCCCUCUGUGAGGGAAAGGGGCUAGGUAUGCAGAUGAGUGCUCUCCCACCUCUAUCCGCAGAGAGAAGCUGCUGUUGGGUUUAGAAUUCUUAGGCUGAUCUAUCUGUCCAAAAUUUCCAUUUUUGAUGAUCAAAAGAGGGAUGUGUCCAGUGACUGGGGAAUUCCAUCUAGCUUGCUUCUUUGGAUCGGGAUGCAAAAGACAUGUUUGUUCAGACAGCCCUGGGUAGCACUUCCACUGGCCAGUUGGGGGUAGUCUUAGAAGUCAUUAUAAACAGAUACUUAAGACCUAGCCAGUCUGCCAGUUGUUGCUGUGGUUUUCAGAGGCAGCUGCCCAGGCUCCCAUCUGUGCACAGCCUUUCAUAGCUAAGACACUGCCAGAUCUGCUGGCGUAUAUGCUUAAUCCAGAAAAGCCCCCAAGCUGCUCACCAGAGUCAUCUGCUUGUCUUCUGCAUACUCUACCAGCUGGGGAGAGUGCAGGCAACCGCAGCCAACCCCUCAUUUGUUGAAAACCAGGUGUGGUGGCAUACAUUUGUAAUCCCAACACUUGGAAGGUGGAGACAGGAGGAUCACAAGUUUAAGGCCAGCCUGGGCUGGGUAGCAAGCUCCUGUCUCAGAAAACCAAAGGCUGGUGGGUGUAACUUAGGGUUAGAAUGGUUGGCUAGUGAGCGCAAGGCCCUGGGUUCAUUCCCGACAGCACACAUGCAAAGUAUAGCCAAAAUAUACCACUACCUAAAAGGAUGUAUCUCUCCCCAACACCACCUAAGUGACUCCAGAACCAAAACCUCAUGAAGGAACCAGGGUGGAGGUGGUAAAACCAGCUCUCAGCUCCCCUUCUUUCCUCUCUGGCAAGUGGUCCCCCAAAUCUCCCUGAGCUCCGCAAUUGCAGGCUGUGGCAGCACCUCUAGGAUGUUUGGAUUAAGAUCCUAGCACAGAUUGCCCAUGGGCUCUGCUCUGACCCCUAGAGGAAAUAAGCACUCUGCGACCCAGGGGCCAGAUGCUUCUAAGAGAUUUAGCAAAUGCAAGGAAUCCAAAGGAAAAGUUCACUUUCAGGCUGAGAGGCAAUGGUCCCCAGAGUCCUGAAAGCCAGAGGUCUUGGUGGCACAGGUCUUACCUCUCCACCGAGUCCCUCCCAGAGGGUCAUCUGCUAGGGAAGGCACCCUCUGCAAACCCCCAACACCACUGCUCCACUGCUCUGAGUUUGUGCCUGGUGUGUUGAGGUUAUGGUCAUUGGGAAUGAGCGUGAAGACGGACCUUCUGUUCGUCUGCAAAUACCGUGAAGAGCUGAUACUUUUCUGUGAAGUGGGCUAGCUUUUAUCUGGUCUCCCUGGAACCCAGCUCCCAGCCUAACAGGAAGCAACAACAUGCAAACCCCUCUACAGCCGUGCCCACUAGAAGACAAGAAAGAGAAGCUCUGCCCUUGUCAUAAUGUUUAAUCACAUAAAUUAAUUUAUCUAAUCACAUAAAUUAUUUUUUUUAUUCAUCAGAAAUAAACUUUUAAAGC